AUGGCGGCGAAAGAAAUCACACUAGCGGAUGUUAUGAGUGCCCUGAAGGCGCAGGGAGAGGUACAGCAUGCUGAGUUGCAAGCGGUGACGAGCAGUGUAGACCGUGUAUUUAAGGAGGUUAUGGGGCUCGUGAAGGAGGAGUGUUCACGGGUUAAAGACGAGGUGUUAAGUGAAGUGUUCACCAAGGAUCAGGUGAAGGGAGAGGUGGAAAAAGCGGCCAGUGAACUGAGGAGAUAUGUGGAUGAGGUUGUGGCGGCACAGGCGCCUCCUGUACUCUCUCAGCAUAAAGGCACGCUGUUCCGGUCAAGUGGGCGUGCUAGUGAGACUGAGGGGGGGAGUGACGAAGAGGAGGAGGAUAAUAGUUGUCACGGAAGCCUAAACAGCCUUUCUCCAUUGGCCAAGGUGAUACCGUCUCCCCUACGCUCUCCUGUAAACGUCUUAUCACCUCCACCAUCCCCGCUAGCCUCAGUAAAGUCGUACCCCUCUGCUGCCAGCUCCACGUCACGGAGGCUGAAGGACGGGACGAGGCGCCGGCCACAGGAGUUCGAUGGAACAGUGUCUUGGGAAGCGUAUAAGACACAGUUCGAGCUCUUGGCCAGCGCCCGCCAGUGGAGUCACCUUGAGAUGGCCAUGCAGCUGGUGUGGGCACUCAAAGGACCGGCAUUAGAAGUCUUGAACCAGCUGCCAGCUGCCCAGCGGUGCUCGUAUAGUAAAGUGACGGCGACACUGGAGAGGAGGUACGGGUACCAGCACCAAACCGAGGUGUUCAGGACAAGGUUCCGGGCCAGGUUACGAGGCCCGGGGGAGACCCUGACACGCCUGGCGCAGGAUUUGGAGGUGCUGGUGCGGCGUGCGUACCCGGAGGCCAGUGAGGAGAUGAUCACCAUUCUCCUGCGGGAUCAGUUCGUUGAUGCCAUCGAUAACCAACAACUGAGGAUAUACAUCCAGCAGGCACACCCCAAGGACCUUCAGGAGGCCCUGGCGAGGGGCCUGGAGAUGGAGUCAUUUCUCCGGACGACGCGGGAGCGACCCAGCGGGAAUUAUGUCCCGCAGAGAGUGAAGGCAAAGAAAGGGGCCGUGCAGAAGGCCUACUCUAGCCCUUCACCGCCCCUAGGUGAGUUCAGGGGUAAGUGCUACUCUUGCGGGCAGCAGGGGCACACCAAGAGGUACUGCCCGCAGGGAUCGAGUAGCGGAAAGGCUGUCAACGGCAGAGCAGGGCAGUACCAGUACAAACCCUGUUGUUGGAACUGCGGUCAGGGGCACAAGAUGGCAGAGUGUGCCCUCAUCUCUCCCCGGGAUAGCAAGGAGGCUGGGGGAAACGGAAAGCAAGGAGGCUGGGGGAAACGGAAAGAGGCUGGUGGAAGGGGUCGAGCGCCAGCCAGAGAGCCAGAGACCCCAGUCCGCCUAAGUUGCCGCGCCGAGGGUGCCCGGACAGUGCAGGUGGGCGGGCAAGUGGAUGGCAAAUCUUGCUGCCUCACUGUGGACUCGGGCGCGGAACGUACCUUCGUGCAGGACGGGGUGGUGGCAACUGGACAGCCCCCGGUGGCCCAGCAACAACUGUGUGGUAUUACAGGGCACUGCACACAGCUGAGGGGACCAGUGCAUGCCAGGAUUGCGGUUGGCAGCACGGAGGAGCAUCUUCCCGUCUUUGUAGCGGACGUCGGGGAGAACUUGCUCGGCCUAGAGUACCUGAAGCAGAGCAGGGCGGUGCUGGACUUCGGGGAAAUGACUAUGUCGGUCAGAGGUAGUGUGGUGCCGCUACAGGAGGGCGGUGUUGACGCAGAGGAGUGUGAAGCUUCAAUUGAAACUCACCGAGCCCAUACUGCGUCCCUACCCGAAGCUAGCCACCGCUGCCGUCUCAGUAAGGAACAGAAGGAGGAAAGUCAAGGGUCGGAAGAGUGUGAAGGUGUACAGACAACUAUGGACCCGGAAGGUCAUUGUGAGGACAUGCAGGGGAGUAGCACUGGGGUUCCACCUCAUCUGCAGGAUCUAUUGCAGAGGAGUUUGGCAUGCCUGUCUGGGGAACAGGUGGACGAGGUGAAGGAAGUGCUGACUCUGUAUGCAGAUGUCUUCUCGCAGGGAGAUAAUGACCUGGGCCGGACCAGUCUGGUUAAACACCGCAUUCACACAGGGGAUAGUCGGCCGGUUAAGUUGCCGCCCCGCCGGAUUGCGCCUGCUCGUCGGCUGGAAGUGGAAAAAGCCGUGGAGGAGUUGCGCGCGCAAGGGAUAAUCGAAAAGUCGGCUAGUCCCUGGAGUGCUGCUGUUGUCCUCGUUAAGAAGAAGGAUGGGUCUACCAGGUGUUGUGUGGACUAUCGGGGCCUUAACGCCGUGACGACAAAGGACUCUUACCCUCUACCGAGGGUGGAUGACACGCUUGACGCGCUCACGGGGGCCCAGUGGUUCUCCACCUUAGACUUGAAAUCAGGUUACCAUCAAGUUGAGGUUGCGGAGGAGGACAGAGAGAAAACGGCCUUCUCGUAUGGGCAGGGACUGUAUCAGUUUAAAGUGAUGAGUUUUGGUCUGGUGAAUGCCCCGGCCACCUUUGAGCGUCGAAUGGAGCGUGUGUUGGAUGGGUUGCUGUGGAAAAGCGCCCUGGUGUACUUGGACGAUGUGCUAGUGUACGGGAAUUCGUUCAAGGGGGCUCUGGAGAGGCUUAAGACAGUGUUGGACAGGUUCAGGGGGGCAAAUGUGAAACUCAGUCCAAAGAAGUGUAGCCUGUUCCAGAGGGAAGUGACGUUUCUGGGUCACAUAGUGAGUAGUGAGGGAGUGAAAACAGACCCUGGUAAGGUAGAGUCAGUUAAGGAGUGGCCAGUGCCGCGCAGUGUGACGGAAGUGCGCGGGUUCCUUGGGUUGUGUACGUACUACCGGAGGUUUGUGAAGGGUUUUGCGCAAAUUGCGGUGCCACUCCAUCACUUGACUCGUAAAGGGGCAUGCUUUCACUGGAGCGAGGACUGCCAACGUGCCUUUGAAACUCUGAAAGAGGCUCUCGCUAACGCCCCUGUGUUACCGUACCCGGAUCCAAUGAAACCAUACGUGUUGGAUUGUGAUGCGAGUGCUGAGGGAGUAGGAGCCGUCUUGUCCCAGGAGAAAGACGGACAAGAGUGGGUCGUCUCCUACUUCAGCAGGAAGUUCUCAGCCCCUGAAAGGAACUAUUGCGUCACUCGUAAGGAGUUGUUGGCAGUGAUCCUGGCCAUUGAUCACUUCCAUCCUUACUUGUACGGGGCCAGAUUCAAGAUUAGGACAGACCAUGCUGCUCUGAGGUGGCUGAAAACCCUCAGAAACCCGGAGGGGCAGCUGGCCAGGUGGAUUGGCAAGCUGGAGCAGCAUGACUACAACAUCGAAUACCGGCCUGGAAAAAAUGCUGCCGGUCUUGUCAGUGACACUGAGUGGGGAGAGGACCUCAAACAGGCCCAGCGACAGGACGCUGAUAUCGGGCCCAUAGUGACACUGCGGGAAGAAGGCGAAGAAAAACCGCCAUGGGAAAGCGUGGCCCCGCUAAGCCCUGCCGCCAAGGCGUUGUGGCAACAAUGGGCAGUGUUGCGAGUGAGUGACGGUGUGCUGCAAUGGCGGUGGGAGUCAUGUGACGGCGGUGUGGCCUUCUGGCAAACAAUUGUCCCUGUGAAUAUGAGGGAGGCCUUAGUGCGCGAGGCUCACGGUGGAAAUGCAAGUGGUCACUUCGGUGUGAGGAAAACGCUAGGGCGGUUAAAGCAGCGGGUUUAUUGGGUAGGCAUGCGGAAGGACGUUAGUGAAUGGUGCAAAGUGUGUGACGUGUGCUGUGGGAAGAUGGGCCCCGGGAGAAAGACAGUUGCUCCCUUACAGGUGUAUCAGGUUGGGGCACCUAUGGAGAGGGUGGCAGUGGACAUCCUGGGUCCGUUCCCUCAGACACUGAGAGGUAACCGCUUUGUGUGUGUGACCAUGGACUACUUCACUAAAUGGCCGGAAGCGUAUCCGCUGCCAAACCAUGAGGCUGCCACCGUGGCAGGUGUGUUAGUGGACGAGUUCUUCGCCCGGUUUGGCGUGCCGCACGAGCUGCACUCUGACCAGGGCAGGGAGUUUGAGUCAGCAGUAUUCCGGGAGUGCUGCCAGUUGCUGGGCGUCAAGAAAACUCGUACUACACCCCUGCGGCCGCAGUCGGAUGGCAUGGUGGAACGCUACAACCGCACGUUGGGGCAGGAGUUGGCCAAAUAUUGCCAAGAAGGGCAGGAGGACUGGGACUUAAAAAUCCCCCUGCUUCUCUUGGCCUACCGGUCCGCCGUGCAUGAGGUGACCGGUUACACGCCAGCCCGGCUGAUGUGUGGGCGGGAGCUCCGGCUACCAGUGGACCUCGUGACUGGCAGGCCGCCGGACGAAGACCUGCCCACUACCAUCACCCAGUACGCUACAGCCCUACAGGACCGUCUCCGGGAGGUGCACCAUCAGGUGAGGGGUAACCUGAAGGUGUCCGGUGAGGCGAUGAAGGACCGGUACGACCGCCGGGCAACGGCACCACCCUUUAGCGAGGGGGAUCAGGUGUGGCUGCACAACCCUCGGCGUAAGAAAGGAUUGUUCCCUAAGCUCCAGAGCCCCUGGGAGGGGCCAUACGUGGUGGAGAAGGUCAUCUCGGACGUCACCUUCAGGAUACGCCAAGGGCCAAGGAAGCGGGCACUGGUGGUGCACGCUGACAGGCUCUGGGGUUACCAUGGCCCUGGAAGCUUCUCCUGGGGAGAGCGAGCUGCUCUCCUGACCAGUGACGAAGAGGAGGACAAGGACAAGGGCCUUGGGGACGACGAGCCCCUGGUGAUGGAGGAUGACGGAGACCUGGACCUGAGAGAGCCUGAGCCGCUGGUGAUGGAGGAAGGUGGAGCGGAUGAGUUGUGUCCCUUGGAGGGGGCACUGGCGGAUGUCGACGCUGGACCUGUAGUAGGGAGACCCAGACGGGAGCGGCAUCCACCCAAAUGGAGUGAGGAUUAUGUUCUUUGUUGA